AUGGACCAGCAGCCGAUGCAAGAAAUGCGUUCAGUUUCACAGAGUACGUUUAUCGUGUCGUCGGAAAAACCGAUGACUCCAGUGUCGGUGAGGACGGUUCAAAAUCAACCGAAUAGAAAAAGAUCAGUUUUAUUAGACUACGAACCGGAUAGAGGUGGAGGAAUGAAUAAAAAACGAACGGAUAAAUCACCGGAAGUAAUGCCGAGCAUGUCACACGAUAGAGGCGACGUUCGGAGACUCGUCGACAACAGCAGCGGAAGAGUCGUUAAAAUUUCAGUUUUGGGAGAAUAUCAGGGUUCGAUUCUUGGUAAAUGUUCUGCGGAUCGACAUUCUAUUGACACGGAUAAAGAAAAUUUACAAGGAUGUCCGCCGACGAAAAUAAAAAGAAAAACAACAAACUCGAAUUUAAACGUUAAAAACAAAUAUGGGAAAAUUGGAAAAUCAUUAUCAUCAUCAUCAAUGAAAACUAACAACAAAACGGAAGAAAAUAUUGCGAGAAAGAAAAGCGUCAUCAGGGAAAGUGUAACAACAGGUGAAAAAAUAAAAAAUAAAACGUGUCAGCAGGUGAAAGAUCCGAAUGAAAAAUUAAUAGUAGUAAACGUUCAAGAGAAAAGAAAAAGAAACAUCGAUACGAAAUUAGUACAGGAAUUUAUGAAAAAUCAAAAAUUGAAAAGGUUGGAACAAAUAAAAAUAGAAAAGAAAUCAAAGCAGACGACAAAAUUACAAAAACCUACGACAAUCGACGACGGGGAUUUAGAAUCGGAAGAACCGGAAAAAUUGGUGGUCGUCGAUCGCGUCGAAGACAAUUUAAAGGAAACGGAAAUGGUCGUCGAGUCGACAAUUUCGAAACCGAAACAGGAAAUGACGAUGCCGUCGGUUGGAAGUUUUCGAAACGAAGAUUUAAAUUCGGUAUUGAAAAAAUUAACGGAAACUUUACACAUGAAAAUCGAAGAAAAAGAAAAACAAUUGUUGAGAUCGACGAGAACGACGACGACGACGUCGUCGAACGCGUCGAAAUCAACCAACGUAUCCUUAUCGGUGGCACCCAGUCAAGAAUCUGGAAAAACCGUUAAAACGACACCGGAAAACAAUCGUCAAUUGAUAACGGUCGAUUUGGAAACGAUUCACUGUUUGAAAGAAGACAUAAAAAAAAUAUCGGAUAAUUUCAAAGUGCUUCACGAGAUAAUCGUGGAAAAAAACGCGGAUGGGAAAAAAAUCAAGAGAAAAAAAUCAGAACCGGAAGUUCCGGGUGAAAGUUUAAAAAGUUCUUCCGCCGUCGCAUCGGAAGGAAAAACUGACAAAAAUUUUUCUUCUCCAUUGAAAUCUGGGAAAAUUCCAAAUUGGAUGGAUAAAAUUUAUCCCGAACCUCAUCCGUACAACGUUUUCACCGCCUUCCGUCGCAAAUUAAACAUUUAUUCUUCUAAAAGUUCUCUGACGUCCGUAGAAGGCGGUGGUGGUGGUGCGACGACGACGACAACGGAAGACAGUUCAACGACUUAUUUCAAGACUACUAACUCACACAAAGAAGAAAGCGAUUUCGAAGGUUUGUCGACGCCGUCGAGCCGAUUAAUAACGGAGAAAAAAACUCGGAGUUUCGCGGUCAACGAACUUUCAUUGACUUCGUCCGUAUUAACGGAAAUGACGCCGAAAAGUUUAGAAUUUGAAAUUUCCAGGGAUUCGGUCGCGACAAAAGUCUCGUCGAUAAAAUUUUCAAAAGGGAGAGAAAAUUUAGUUUUGAUCACACCGGAUGUCAAAUUAGUUUCUAACGAAUUAUCGUCGAAAAAAUUAAGGAUAAAUGAUAAAAAUUUUAAUUUUUACAACGAUGCGACGGCGACGGCAGCCGCGGCACAACAAUUAAAAAGUUCUAGAAAUUCAUGGAAUUCAUCGUACGAUAAAGAAGAACUCAAUAAUUCGGAUGUGAAAUCGUACAGAGAACAAAAAACGGAUUCGACGAUAACGGAAAUGAUUCACAAUUUAAGCGAAAAUGAUAAACCGACGAAUAUCACCGUCAAAGCGACAAAUGAAAAAUUUCAAAACGUCGUACAAAAACUCGAUGACGUUCAUCUCAGAAGACCAUUUUUCCAACCGGAAAUGUUACACCUUCAAUUUCAAGCCGAACUCACGCUUUUGGAAACGUUUCAACAGUCUUUGACGCAUUUUCUCGAAGCCGAAAGAUUGAAAACAUUGUCGGAGGUAACGAAAAUUGUGAACGAAAAUAAAAACGCGAACGUCGUCGCGGAAAGGGUGACGCUCGUCGAAGAUCAAGCCGUUCAAACGACGUUUUUAGAUGAAAAUCCAACCGAACAAAUCGUGACGAACGUCGAAGUCGAAACGGAAUACGUUAAAACGGAAAUUGAUGCGUCGGACGAUGAAGAAUCUACGAUCUAUACGACGGAAAAUUUCGAAAAAGACGAAGAGGAAAUUAAAACGAUGGAAAUAAUCUCUCACGAGAAAAUUUCGAAAGAGUCGUCGAAAGAAACAAACGAAAUAAGAGAAAAUUUCAGUAACGAACCGAAUUGCAUUUCUUUUCAAAUGUUAAAUAGAAUGAUGAAAGACGAAGAACUUAGAUCCGAACAUCAGUUGGCACUCAUACGAUUGAGAGAAAAAACUCUGAAUGAAAAAGUCAAAGCGGAAUUGACGUUUUUAGAAAUGAAAAAAAGAGCAUUGAAAAAGGGAAACGGAAACGACGAGGAGCAAAACAUAUCGGCAAUAAAAAAAAAACAAAGAGGAAUACUGAUGAAAUUUCAAAGCGAAAAAGAAGAAAUAGAAAGAUUGAAAAAAAUGCAUAAAAUCGCAUCGGAAGAAAGGAAAAUUAUGAUCAAACAGCAAAAACAAAUACAGAAAAUGCAAAUAUCGACAAAGGACAUGCUCACGAAGUUGAAAAGAAAAGACAAAAUCCCGUUGAAGAAGAACAACAACAAGAAACCAAAAGCAUUGAAAUCGUACGAGAGUCAAUCGUCUGACAUACCGGAAGAUCUCGAUGUUCAAAUGUCAGAUUCAAUACUCACGGAAUCCGUUUGUUCCGUCGGAGAAGAAUCCGUGAGACGAUCCAACGACAGCGACAUUGAAAUUUCAUCGGAUAAAAACACGUCGGAAGAAGAGGAAGAAAGUGAAAUAUUGAGAAGAAACAAAAAAACGCUGGAAAAUAAAAUGUCGGCUGCUGCUUUAAACAGUCCGACGAAAGUUAAAAAACAUUCCGUCGAUGGUGACAAAUACGUUCGUGGUAAACGUUCUUCUAUCGAUGAACUUUUAAAAUGGACGAAACGUUUGGAAGAAAAAGAAAAUCGUUUGAAAGAACUCGAAAGGGAAACUACGAUUAAAUCGGGGGACAUGAACGCGAGAAAUCGUUUGAUAAAACCGACGAUUAAAAAUCGUUCCGAUAAAUCCGUGAGAGAUCGAAGCACUUCACCAUUUCCCGAUAAUUUCAAUCCAUCGAUCGAUAAUUCGAAUUCGAUAAAAGAACAGAUACUCGAUAAUAAAAAAUCAUCGGUUACGUCAUCGGAAAACGUCGCCGUCGGCCCGGCGGAAUCGAGUUGUAAAACGGAAAUAUCGGAAAAAAUAGAAAGCGUCGAAACAUCGUCGAAAACGACGAAGAAGAAAAACAUGAGCGAAGACAUUCCGGAAAUUUUUUCCAAAGCUAACGUCACGACGUCGUCGACGUGUCGAACUGGAGCGUUCGAAUACAACAGCGAAAGUUUUGAAUCUCCCUCGUCUUCGGAAACUCCGAAACCCGUUAAAACGUCGAUGACGACGGCGACGACGAUGAUGGCAAGAUCAAAAUCGUUGGAAGGUGAUAAUAAUUAUAAGAGCGUACCGAUCAAGUUGUCUUUGUCGCCGAGAACGCCCAGAAGACGAUAUUCAAGCGGUUCGGACGAUUCCGUUAAUUUAUCUCAUACAGAAACGGCUUCGGAACAAAGCGAUUUGGAAAGUAGAAUCGCUGCAUUGCACGAAGAAUUGAAAAAAAGAAAAUUGGAAGCGGAAAGAUUGCGCAGGGAACAGAAAAAAGCACAAAGGGAAAGGUUAAAGGUCAAAGAACAAUCUCUUCUAAUGCAAAUUCAAGCCUACGACGCGUACAUUCAAAAGAAAAAGAAAGAAUUAGAGCAGGAGUACGAGGGUCCGUGUAAGACCGUGAGCAAACCUUUGAUAAAACAACCGAAAUUUUCCGACAAAACGAAUCUCAAAAGACCGGACAGUUUGUUGUUGGGAGAAAAUGAUAAAAUGAAAUUUUACCCGCGACUGUGCGGAAAGGGAAAAGAAAAAGAUGAGAAAAUAAUAACAUUCGGUAAAGUGACCGAAUCCGACAGCGAAAUAAUUGAACAAAUAAAAGAAUCCUCGUCGGAGAGCAUAAAAGAAGACGUCGCGAAAACUUUGACGGAAAGCGUUCGAGAAUGUUCCGAAGUUGCCGACGGUGAAAGCAAAUCGGAAAGUAGCAUACGUGAAAUAAUUUCUCCAAACGAAUUGAAAUAUUCCGAGAGUUUUAUUGAAGAAGGUGGAAGUUCGUUGAACGAAAUAUCGGAAACUGGAAUAUCCGGAAGUAGUUCACCCGAAUUGCCGCCUCCUCCCGACGACACGAUGGAUAUUAUAAACGAUAACACGUAUCAAUCCGACACGUUCGAAAGCGAUUUCGAUGAAAAAAGUUCUGCCAAAGUCACGAGCGUGCAAAAAGAAACCGAACCGAGCGAAGUAGAAACUUUUAUCACCGACGAGAAAACUCAGUCCUCGCCGCAAUCAAAAGAAGAUGGCGACGAUGACGUAGACAAAGAAUCAUCAAAGACGUCAUCACGUGAAAUAAUUGAAGAGGAAGAAAAGAAAACGGAAAGUGAAAAUAUCGAACGUCUCGAUUUAACGGACAGCGUUUGUAAUUUAGAGGACAAACCACCGUUGGAAAGUCAGCGAACGAUCGAAUCCCUCGGUGACAUCAAAACGGACAUUUCGGAGGAUCUUUCGGAGGGAAGAAAGAAAAAAGACGUGAACGAAAUCAUUUCCGAAUCGAUCAUCGGAGAUUUAUUGAACGAAUCCGUGUCUUUGUUUUCGAACAAAAAACAAAAAGCAGAAGACGAAAAAGAAAAAAGCGAAAAGUUAAAAUUACAAACAAUAAUUAACGGUUACGCACGAGAUUUCGUCAAUGACGCAAUCGAUCACGUGUUUAAUAUAUACGAUGGUAAAAAAUGUGACGUCAUUAACGAUGAAGACGAACCCAUAUCUCCUGAAAAAAUAAAUUUCGAAAUAAGGAAAAAAAUAUGCGACGCAAUAAGGGCCGGAAGAGAAGGAGGAGAUGAAAAUGCGACAAACGCUCCGACAUUGACGACGACGUCUCCAGUUAAAAACGGUAAACCGGAAAUACAAGAAAGAAAAAAGUUUUUGGAGAACAACCGUGAAACCAUUUUUUUUUUUAACUCAAAAUUUUCCAUUACAGAUGAAGAAAUUGUCGACGUUGACGUCAUCAAAGACCGUCCAACAUCCGAUAAAGAUUCGAUGGAAAAAGAAAACAAGUCGAACGAAAAGAUUUCAUCUAAAUGCGAGAAGAAAAAUGAUGAGAAUGGGAAAGAAGAAAAAAAGGUGGAAAAUUUAUCGGGUCAAACGAUUUGGUUUUCAGACGAUUACGGUUUGAACAAAACAAGAAAAGAAGCUGAAGAAUUAAGGCUCCAACAAUUACAAAUUGAACAAGAGAUUCAACAGCUUCAAGCUCAACAAGAACAAGUUCCAUAUUUUUACCUUCGGGAAAUUCCAAAUAAACCCCCGCCGCCGUACACGCCGCCAUCUUCUAAAACGCUCACGGAAAUACCGACGACGGAAAAGGAAAUAUUAAAUCACGCAUCGUCAGCCGUUAAAAUCCUAUACGAAGAAAUGAAACGUGGUAAAGGAAUGGGAGAAAUCGAACCUUCGAGAGAUUAUUACGGCGGUACGGGACUGAGCGAUAACGUCAAAUCGUAUAAAUUUUUCUUAUUCGAUUUAUCCAAGAGAAUAAUCGAAGAGAUUUUAACGCGGGGAGAAAGAAAACGCGGGGAAAAUUUACCCUGGAUGAAAACGAGAGAAGAUUUAUCGUCGUAUAAAUAUCGUCAAAUGGAAAAAACUUUGGACUCUCUCACGGAACACGUGAAAAGAAAAAUGAUCGUUUUAUUUAAAUUCGAUGGGAAGAGGAAAAAGGAAAGUCUCGUAGUGAAAAGUUUUAGAAAGAAAAGAGAUCACGUGGAUGAAAUACUAGUUUCGGAAUCGCAAGAAGAAGAAUCGCAAUGGACGCAAUUCGACGAUGAUCAAGUGGCCAUUAAAAACGACGUCGCUCUCGCCAUACUCGACGAUCUACUGGACGACUCGACGAAAAUUCUUCGAACUCUUUGGGAAAAGAAAAAUCAAAAGAAGUGUUGA